AUGUCGACCUCAAGGCGGUCGAACUCGGCCAAGCCGGAAGACCUGGUGAAGGUACUGCGGGCCCACCUACCCAAUGGUCUGGAUAAGAAGUAUCUAGACCACGAGCCCUCGAUGAUUGUUUCGGCCUAUGAGGAGUUGAUUUCCGAUGUCCUCUUAAGGACACCUCGACCGACCAAGACUUUGCUGCAGGCUGCAGCUGUUAAGUCGUGGGAGCAGGUCAAGGGGUCAGAAGCUGAAACGUGGGCAGAGAGGGUGGCGAAAGCUGUCAGUUACUGCUACAGUAAGAGGCUCCAGGUAAGCACCUGUGCGAGACAGCCUCCAGCGGUUCGAAGGAUCAUCCAGCAGAUCAGCAAGAACAUUUUUGGUUCAAAAGCCCGUGAGGAGAGUAAGCCCAAGCGAGCCUUGAAGCCUGCCCCGUCGGAUGCCAGCACGAUCGCGAAGCGAAAGCGAAGCAAAAGCAAGCAGCUUCCUGUGGACCUGACGCAGGCCGAGAAGAAGCAGCACACUGACAGCCCCAGCAGCAAAGGUAUGAGCAACGAAAUGCUUCGAAGCUUGUAUGGCCUCCCGCCCACCUCCAACCCUAGCAGCAGCUCCAAAGGUGGAGCUGAAACUCUUUUGGAUGCGGAUGCUGAGAUAAUCGACAGCUCCUGUGAGGAGAUUGAGGGCGAUGUCGGCGAAGGUGGCAUGGUUAUCGAGGGCGGGCCCGCCGGUGCUGCUCCGAAUCCGCUGCAGUUCUGGGAUGGUAGCAUGCUCGCGAUGGUGCGAACGGUCAGAGGCAAGAAGAUUGCGGCCAAGAUGGAGGAAGCAGAAGACCCUCCACAUGCUGAUCAUGAUGCUCCAGAAGUUGCUCCUGAUGCUGUUGUACCCAGCGAGGGUGAUGAGCAGGUAGGAUAUCAGUACGACCCCGAGGUCCCGGUGCCGGAGGAUGCCAGCUACACGUGCAUGUACUAUAAGAAAGACAACAAGAUCGGAGUCCGCAUCAUUGUGAAGUUCGAUGGAAAGAAGUUCGAAAAACAAGUGUUUUCUUUCGGCGGCCGCCGCUGUGACAUGUCCGAAGAGGCAUUGAGAAAGAUUGGUUGGCAAGCCGUGGCAAAGAUGCGGGAAGAAAGGCAGACCCCUGCUGUCGUGGAGAGCUGGGCCAAGGGACAGGUGUGA